AUGUCAUUGUUUGGGAAAAUGAAGCCUUCUCGAAUCAUUAAAAAGGCAUUAAAUGGUCUUUCUGGAUAUAGAGAAGCAACUCAACUUGAGCAAAAGGCAAAAUAUUUAGAAAUCAUCAAUAAAAAUUUUGGAAGGAUGACUGACAUACUUUAUAAGAAGAUUGAAGAUGAAGAAAUCAACACCAGAGCCUUGCAACUUAUUAAUGAUAUUACUGCUACUAACUUUGUCAUCGAAGGUUUAUUAAAUUUGCAAAAUCUUCCAGUCGAACAAAGAAAGCAAUAUGCAAUGAUAUUCACCGGAUCAGUAGCUUACAAAAAUAAUGGUGAUUCGCCAAUGAUUAAAUACAUUGUUGAAGAUCCAGAAAUUAUUGACACUCUAAUUCACUGCUAUGACCAUCCUGAGCUUGCAAUAACAACUGGUGAAAUGCUUAGAGUUUGUUCAUCAUAUGAACCUCUUUGUAAGCAAAUUUUGAGUCGGAAAAAUAUCGAACAACUUGUUAAGUAUUUUACAGUUCCACACUUCGAUGUUGCUGCAGACUCAUUUUCUUUUUACAAGGAGUUGAUUAUAUCUUCCCAAUGUUCACAAGAAUAUAUCAAAAAUAAUUUUGAAUUUAUUGUUGAUAAGUUGAAUCAUUUCCUUGAGGAUAUUAACUAUGCAUCAUGCCUCCAAAGCUUGAAACUAACUCGAGAACUAAUUGAAAAGAAUCAGCACUUCAAAGUUAAUUAUUUAGCAAAUGAAAAUAACUUCGACCUCAUUUUGCAUCAUUUUACAUCUCAAUACAAAAAUAUAGCUAUCGAAUCUUUGAAAAUCUAUAAGUUAUUCAUUGAUUACGAUAAAGCUCCUCAAAAAGUCAUCAACUUUACGAAAGAAAACAAAGAAAGCCUCAAAAAGUUUGCAGAUGCUCUUUUGGACAGUCCUUUUGACCAAACAUUCCGAACAGAUUUUAUUCAACAAAUACAAAAGUUCGAUUAA